GGCUGCAGAUCGCUCUGUCGCACGUGCGCUUCUCCCGAGAGACGCAUGCGCGUCAGAGAAACUUGAACUUGCCACUUCGUUCCGGGUUGCCUUAUUUAUAAACAUGGCGACGGAACCGCGCUUCGAUGCAUCUCUCGCCAGUGAAAUUUCUUUCUUUGGCGAGUUAACACCGUGGGAAGAGCGGGUUCUGGAGCGUUGCCGAAAGGCUAACACAACAUUAUACAGCGACACUCCUGUUCUUCCCGACGGUGUGAGCUUCCAUGGAGUCGGAGAGCCCGUCAUAGACCCACCAACGCCACCGUCACCAACGCGACAUGACAACUGGUGUGCGUGUGGUAACUGCUCCGCAAUGCCGAUGGCGCGUGAGGAGGUGUGCUGCACCUCUAUUGCCGAAGUAAGGAGAAGAUGUCCAGACGGCUGCAUCGUAGACCACUCGGACUUCCAAACUCUUUGCCUCACGACUGUUGUCAUGGAAGUUAUGGGCAUCGAAUACAAAAAGUGCGGAUUACUGCUUGGGAAGGAACCCAACGAAAUAUGGCGCCACAUAGCAUAUCGCAAUUUUGCAUCAUGGAUAUGGGGACCACUUCCGGAAGAAGACAGGCGGGUGCUCCCGUCAUGUGUGGUGAUGGCGAUACGGAACAACUUCCCAUCACCCUCAGGCAGCUACACUGGUUUUAGGCCUGUAAAAUGAGUAAUGGUACAUCCAUCAGAUCUUACAGUACUCAUACUUUUCUAUGUAGCAUUAUUGACAUGUGUACUUGAUACCGUUGUACAUAAGAAAAUAAAUGUGCACAACAUG